AUGGAACUUGCAGAGGAUCUAUUUGAUGAAGAUAUUGAUUGUAAAAUUAUCAAAAAAAAAAAGAAAGAAUCCAUCAAGAUGAAGGUUCAACAAGAGGAAGAAGAAUUAUUUGAUGAGACUGAUGAGAAUAAUGAUUUAGUGAUUAAUUAG